CUGUUCUUGUGCAUCUUUCUCUCUCAGCCUCUCUCUCACACACAGGGUCAUUCUUGUUAUAUUGUUGUUUUAGCUGGAACGCCUUAUUAAAGAAAAGUCUUGUACAUCCUUUGGAAAUGUCAAGGCAGUCCUAUAUUCUACCUAUUUUUGUCCAUGAUCACAAAGUAGCCAUUUUGUAACUGGUAGGAAAUUAUACCAAUUUGGAUUUUUUUUUCUUUCUCUAAUAGUGUGGGACUGGUUUCCAUUACUUUCUUGGCCUGCUUCAACUUUUGUUGUGUUUGGAAUCUAUGGACAUCUCUGGGUUGUGACAAAUGCUAAUUUUUUUGUGAAGCACAGAGAAAUACAGCGGUAAUGGCAUCAAUGACAACGCCCGCUUUUUCAAUGAGAACCACUGGUUUUGAUGCAUAUUCAUCUCCAUCAUCAAGGUUCAGGCCCUCUUUUGCAAGGUUCAAGCCCAGAGUUGAUCUUCAGAGGUUCAGUGGUCUGAAGGCAGCAACUGGUGUCAUCAUGGAAUCGGAAUCUUCAUUCUUAGGCAAGGAAAGUGGUGCUGCUCUUCUAGUUUCAUCAAGAUCAUUAGAAUGCAAACAAGCAUGCGAACAAUCUAGUUGUCUGCUGCCAAGAGCUUCGUCCUACAAGGUAGCUGUCCUGGGGGCUGCUGGAGGAAUUGGGCAACCGCUAGCACUUCUGGUCAAGAUGUCCCCGUUGGUGUCCUCAUUGCAUCUUUAUGAUGUUGCUAACGUUAAAGGAGUUGCUGCUGACCUUAGUCAUUGCAAUACUCCUUCUCGGGUCCUGGACUUUACAGGUCCUUCUGAGUUGGCUAAUGCCUUGAAAGGUGUGGACGUUGUCGUGGUUCCAGCUGGAGUGCCAAGGAAGCCUGGCAUGACACGUGAUGAUCUUUUCAAUAUCAAUGCUGGUAUUGUCAAAAGCUUAGUUGAGGCAGUGGCUGAUAAUUGUCCUGGUGCCUUCAUUCACAUUAUCAGCAAUCCAGUCAAUUCCACCGUGCCAAUUGCAGCUGAAGUUUUGAAACAGAAAGGCGUUUAUGAUCCAAAAAAGCUUUUUGGGGUUACCACCCUUGAUGUUGUGAGAGCAAAUACAUUUGUUGCACAGAAGAAGAAUCUGAGGCUGAUUGAUGUUGAUGUACCAGUUGUUGGUGGGCAUGCCGGCAUUACUAUAUUACCAUUACUGUCCAAAACAAAGCCAUCAGUUAGUUUCACCGGUGAAGAGGUGGAGGAUCUUACUGUGAGGAUCCAAAAUGCUGGAACUGAAGUUGUUGAGGCAAAAGCUGGUGCUGGUUCAGCUACUCUUUCCAUGGCAUAUGCAGCAGCUAGAUUUGUGGAAUCUUCCCUCAGGGCCUUGGAUGGUGAUAGCGACGUGUAUGAAUGUUCUUAUGUGCAGUCUGAGCUGUCGGAGCUUCCAUUCUUUGCUUCAAGAGUCAAGCUGGGGAAGCAGGGUAUCGAAGCCUUCAUAUCUGCAGAUCUUCAAGGGCUGUCUGAGUAUGAGCAGAAGGCCCUGGAAGCCUUGAAACCAGAACUGAAGGCAAGCAUUGACAAGGGCAUCGCCUUCGUGCAUAAGCAGGCUACUACAGCUGCAGUUUGAGUUGUAUCAAGCCUUCCUUUAAUUAGAAGAAUAACGGCAGCAGACGAUUUGCCUCCAGGUGGGGCACUUGAUUGCGGGGUUGCUGCCAAAUUUUGUAGGAACGAGUCUUUUCAAGCAAUUUGGUAGAGGAGAGUUUUGGAUGAAAGUCGAAAACGUGUGCAUGAUUAGAUGCUAUAGAAAUGUAACCAACCGGUGUCUGGUUUCUUGCAGUAAUCAGAUCCUUUGGCAGAAUCAUUUACGGAAACCAGGCUUUCAUAGUCUCUAUGGGAACCAUGUUGCUUGGAUUCGCAAUCUUCCCAAGAUUGUUUCAUUGUACAAUUCAUAUUAAACGCGUUCUGUUGUUGUGGAUGGUGCAUACUCCUUUAUUCUAGUACUCUGAGCAGUUUUGGAAUCGAUCAA